UGGUCCCAAUCUCACUUAACAGUCUAACUUCAACUUCUGGUUAUGGCUACAGCUAUUAAAUAGUUUAGCGGACUAUUUUCUUUUAAUCUGUUACACUGCUUAAAAGGAUUAUCUAAUUUCUUUAACAUCUACUUGCUGUAUUACGACACGACUUCAGGCACCACUAUUUGUGUGUACGGAGGGAUACCGCUUGUUGAUACUAGAGAGAAAAAACUUACGCAAUAAGCAAGCGAUACACCAAACAUAAAGACGGGGAGACGAAGCAUCGCUUGUCAUGGCACAGAGGUUUGAUAAUGACAUUCCCCAUUACGGGGGCAUGGAAAGCGCAGGAAUGUACGAUCCCCACCGUUCGAUGGGGACUCACCCCCUCACUCAUUCUCAUACAGGAUCUAUACACCAAUACCCUUCGUAUACAACCAGCAGUAGUAUGCCGGGAGUAAUGAGCACAACACAAGACAGUCAAUUAAAAAGGGACAAAGAUUCUAUAUAUUCACAUCCACUAUUUCCUCUGCUAGCACUUAUUUUUGAAAAAUGCGAGUUAGCAACGUGCACACCUCGAGAACCGGGUGUGGCGGGAGGGGACGUGUGUUCGUCUGAAUCAUUUAACGAAGACAUAGCUGUAUUUAGUAAACAAGUACUCGGUCGAUCCGAAAAACAGUGUUUUUCAACAAAUCAUGAACUUGAUAGUUUGAUGAUACAAGCAAUUCAGGUUUUACGAUUUCAUCUGUUGGAACUAGAAAAGGUGCAUGAACUAUGUGACAAUUUUUGCCAUAGAUAUAUUAGUUGCUUAAAAGGAAAAAUGCCUAUAGACUUAGUUAUAGACGACAGAGAAUCUACCGGUUCCAAUACUGGAACGCCAAAAUCCUCAACAACGACAGGGGGGCUGGAUAACCCAGCGGAUAUUUCAGAAAAUAGUCAGGAACAGCGUCCACCUUCUCAUAGUUUGAAUUUUAGUCAACAAGACGAUACCCAAUCAUCUCGUUCUGGGGACACGCCCAUACCACCUAGUCAACCAAAUACUAACUCAUCACAUAAUCUUGAAAAUAAUAGUGAAUCAGGUGAUGGUUUGGAUAAUAGCCUGGGAUCAGGGGAAGGGUCUGAAGAUGAAGAAAACGGUGAUAGAACAAAACGCUCAAAAAAGCGAGGAAUAUUUCCAAAAGUUGCAACAAAUAUCAUGAGAGCAUGGCUUUUUCAACAUUUGUCGCACCCGUAUCCUUCAGAAGAACAGAAAAAACAGUUAGCACAAGAUACAGGUUUAACAAUACUUCAGGUCAACAAUUGGUUUAUUAACGCUAGAAGGAGAAUCGUGCAACCGAUGAUCGACCAAUCAAAUCGAGCAGGACCUGGAUCUCAUGCUCCCUACAGUCCAGAUGGAUCCGGAAUGGGAUAUAUGGACAACUCUCACAUGCAAAUGGGUGCGCACAGAUUAGGAGGUAUUCAUAGCGCUGAUAUGUAUGAUCCAAUGAAAGCUGGUUAUUCUCAUUUGACAGACAGUUCUCAACGUUACGAUCACAUGUUAGGUGUCCAGGGCAUGCACAGAAGUGAUAUGUACGGUGGUCCCCCCAGCAGUUCCUAUGGUAACAUGUCACAGUUUAGUCCACCAGUACAUUCUCAAGCUAUGCUGAUUCCAGGGCAUCCUCAUCAUAUGAUGAUGGGACAUGCUGCCGCUGGUAUGGGACAUGGUAUGUCGGCAGCUACUAGUCCUCCGUUACACGCUGGUAUGGACAUGGGAGGUCACAUACAAGACAUCCAUGCUGGAUAAUCGAACAAUAAAAAUAUAGACAACUUUAUUGGUGUAGCAAUUAAAACAAAUAAAAAGUAGCCACUUUCAGAAACCAUGUCACAUUUUCAACAAGAUUGAUUGUGAGGAUAGUGAGGACAUUUUCUGUUGUGACAACCAAAAAUUAGUGGCCAUUACUGACAUAUUCCAGCCAUAUGAAUCAUGUGAAGAAGGUUUCUUCUAGUUGCUAGGAAACAAGUGGCACUAUCAGUGAUUGACCUCAGUGUUAAAAGGUCAAGGUGAUUGGAAGGUGAAGGUCAUGGAUUGAAUGCACAACUAUUUGUGUCAGUGGAUGAUUUUAUGUAAGGAAUAUGAUUCCUAUAAGCCAAAGACUUUUAUAACAGUUAUUUUUACUGUUGAAUUUUAAUGUAAUAAUAAUACUACGUACGUACCAGGACCUAGUCACAUGUGACAUUAAUUAUAGUGAAUUUGUCUUAAUCCUGGUGAAGACUUCUAUAUAUAGACUAUGAAUAUAUAAAACUUUAUGUUGUCACAGCGAGAGGAUGUGGUGUAAAUAAAAAAAAACUCGCUGUGUCCGACAAAAAAAGAUAUACAAGUCCAUGGCAAGCCAUAAGCUAGCUCCUUACACAUAGACUGUUUUGACAGCAUGUACAUAUUAUAUAUAUGAAAAUGCUGUGUUAUUUUAUUUUCAUAGGUGUAUGUUUUCAGUAAAAAAAAUACCAACAUUGGAACAAAAAAAUCUUAGCCAAAUUAUGUAUGUUUUAGCCCUUUUAAGACUCAUCAUACAAAAUGUUUAAAGCUUUAUGAAGUCAAAUACCUCAUUAUGAUUAAAUUUAAUGCUUUUAUUACGAUGCUGUGUUGAAGAUUACAUUAAGUGUACAUGCAUUCCAAAAUUAAUUUAUUGAAGUAAAAAUCAGUGUUACUGUGUACAGCCGUGUUUUAACAUAAUGUGUUAUGUUUUAACAUUAUUUGGUACAUUUCAUGUUAUUUAUUACAAUAACAUGGUCACUACCAAACAUUAUGUGUUAUACUGCCAAUGGGCAAUCGUAAUGACCAAAGCAGACUUUGUAAAAUAAGAAAGAAGAGCUUUAGUUUUAAAAAAUGGUCAGUAGUAUUAGGAUGUCCUAUAUGUAUUAAGCAGAUGGCACAAAGAAUAUUAGGUUUUAUGAAUCUUAUAAAUGGGGAAGAUGGGACGGGGGUAUUUAUAUCCAUGCUAAUCGUAGAAAUAAGGUUAUCUUUUGUUUGAGUAACAUCUCCCAAAAUAAUGCAUUGAUCAAUGUAAAAUUACUUAAAAAAAUUAACAAACAACUAUUCAUGGUUAUAUAUGUUCUACAAAAUUCUGUUAUCCCAGAAUUUGAAAAAAUCGAAACUAUACAUAAAAAUGAUUAUUUGUGCGAAGGAGAUUGGAAAAUGAGCACAACAUUGACAACACCUAUUUUGGGGAAUGUUAGAAUUGGAAAUUGAAUUCAAUGUUUUUACAAAUUUCCCACCAUAUUUCGCAUGGAUUUUAUGUUAUUUUUUUCCAUGUCAGUUUUUAAUGUGAACAAAUCUAUCAUAUAAUCUAGUCAAUGUUUACCAAUUAUAAAUUUGGUAAAAAAACAAAAACACACUCUAAAGCUUUAAAUGUAUUUCUUUUAUUUUUUGUCAAAUCACUACAAUUUUAUGGAAUGGCUAAAAACAAUUAAGACAUUAUUAUUUAGUAAUUAUUUUUAUUUUAGACAAUAAUUUACUGAAUUUUGAAUAUUGACUUAGAGAAUGGAUGAUAUGCACCUCAACCCAAAACGAGAAUUUAUUAAUGUUUUUAUAAAUGUGAUAUUUAUUUAUUUUUUGAAGUGUAAAUCUCAAUCGAGGGGAAAUAACUCUAGUUAUUUUUUUUCCACAACAUAUCAUAUUUUACAGAUAUUAAAAAAACAGGCAAAAAGCUUUAGUUUGAUAUUUUCCUUGUCUCCAAUUAACCUGUUAAUUAAUUCUAUGACAGGUUAACUUAGUGACAUGACAAGACAUGGUAGAAAAUAAAUGAAUAAGUGUUAAAACAUUAAGACAUCAAUCAUGACUCUGUGUAAAAAUAGAUGACACAGAAUGUAGCAAAAGUGCUACCAAAUUAAAAAAGAAAGUAUUAUUCAUAUAUUUAAAUCAUAUUAUUUUUGACAUUUGUACAAAUUUUAAUAUAGACCAUCAUUAUUCAUUUCAUAUUUUUUGAAACAUGAAAAAAAAUCUGCUAUUUGUUAUAAUAUAGUUAUUUGUUAAUAAUAAACCCGAAAAUGUUUCGGGGUUAUUUCUUUUUCUUUUUUUUUUUUUAGAAACUGGUGCCCACAAGAUGACAAUAUUAUUAUUAUUAUUAUUAAUAUUAUUAUUAUAAUAUAAGUAGGUCUGCUAACUGUGUGGAAUUUGUUGACCACUGCGUGUAGUAUCUGUACAUUUUGUUUUUGUAUUCGGAUAUUUGAAGCUGGUGGUUGUGGAGUUGUUUUAGAGAUGGCAGACGACCAACUGCCACUUUCUGUAACAGAAAUGUUCAGUGAAUAAAGAAAAAUGAUAAUACUAAAAAAAAGAAGAAAA